AUGGUGUUAUGGCCAGUAGCUCGUCUAACGGACCGUCUGCUUUAUGAUACAGUGAGAGAUCUCGACCUUCUCGAAAGAAGUAUGUUCCCAUAUUGGAGAGAUGCUGAUCAUUCAGUACUCCAUGUGGCCAACGAAACUCAGCAGAUGGUAGACGACGACAAGAAAUUCGCCGUUUCGUUGGAUGUGUCUCAGUUCCGUCCAGAGGAGUUGAAUGUGCAGCUGGAAGGGCGUCAGUUGACCAUUGAAGGCAAGCAGGAGCGCAAAACGGAGAACAGUGCCAUACACAGGUCUUUCACUCGCAAAUAUCUGCUUCCCGAAAAUGUCGAUCUGGAGACUAUUCGUACUCAACUCAAUGACCAGGGUCAUUUGUCAGUCGAGGCUCCGAAGAACACCGAGGGUCACAAGCAGAAGAGAACUAUUCCUAUCAUGGCCGCUCCUCAAAAGUAA